AUGAUUAACCAAGUAGUGGAAGAAAAUAAGGAGAUAAAAAAUCACGUGUCUAAAUGGACCAAUGCCUUAGCUGAAGGGGAGCGUGAGAAAUUUCCAGCACAAGCUCAACCAAAUCCUAAGGGACAACACAUGGCUCAGAACUUGGGUUCAGGAGAGAGUAACCUUAAGAAAGUGAAUGCCAUCACCACUCGAUCGGGAAGAGUACCUUUUCCUCAAGCACUUAAGCUUAGCCCGAAAAUAGUCAAUCAACACAGUGAGAUCCUAGAGCACCUUAGGCAAGUAAAAAUUAAUCUACCACUCUUGCAUGUAAUUUCACAAGUUCCUACAUAUACUAAAGUCCUUGAGGACUUGUGCACUGUGAAAAGGAGACACAUCAUCAAGAAAACCGCCUUCUUGACCGAACAAGUGAGUGCUGUGAUUGAACAAAUGAUCCCACAGAAAUAUAAGGACCCUGGUUGUCCAACUGUUUCCUGCGUCAUCGGGAACCAUGAGUUUGCACAAGCUCUCCUUGACCUAAGAGCCAGUGUUAAUCUCAUGCCCCAUUCCAUAUACAUACUGUUAGGUCUUGGUGAAAUUAAACCCACUUCUGUGGUUCUACAACUAGCUGAUAGAUCCACUAUGAGACCUAGGAUAGUAGUUGAAGAUGUGUUGGUUCAAAUUGAUAAAUUCUACUACCCCAUUGAUUUCUUAUUCUUGGAUGUGAAGGUUGAUGUUAAUGUUGAUUCUAAGAUUCCUAUUAUUCUUGGUAGACCUUUCCUUGCCACAGCUAACGCCCUUAUAAAUUGCAGGAAUGGUCUAAUGGAAUUGUCUUUUGGGAAUAUGACUUUAGAAGUCAACAUUUUCCAUAUUACUAAGCAACCAAUGGAAAAUGAUGAGUGCCACCACACAUAUAUGAUUGAUGCACUCGUUGAGGAGGAAGCACAUGCGCUUAUUGACCCCGACCCUUUAAUUCUUUCCUUUUAA